AUGAGAAAAUCAGUGUUUAACCGUUUAUGCAAUGAUUUGGUUCUCAAUUAUGGCUUGAAAUCCACACGAGGGGUUAGUGGAGAAGAGAUGGUAGCAACAUUUUUAUACAUGCUUGGGCAAGGAGCUUCUUAUAGAAUGUUAGAGGAGCGAUUUCAGCAUUCAGGUGAAACUAUAUUUCGUCAAUUUCAUCAUGUUCUAUCAUGUGUGAAGAAAUUGGCAAAAAAUAUUAUUAGACCUAUUGAUCCUAGUUUUGGAGACACACCUAAAUAUAUUAUGGAUAAUGAUAGAUAUUGGCCAUAUUUCAAAGAUUGUAUUGGAGCUAUAGAUGGUACGCAUAUAGCCAUUCAUGUUCACCAAGAUGAGCAAGUAAAUCCAACUUUUAAGGGAUUCUUAGGACCUUAUCGUCAUACAAGGUAUCAUAUUCCACAAUUUAGACUAGCACCAAAUUUUAGAUCAAACAAUGAAAAGUUCAACUAUUGUCAUUCAAGUUUAAGGACAGUAAUUGAAAGGACUUUUGGAGUAUGCAAAGCAAGAUGGAAGAUACUACAAAAUAUGCCAUUAAGAGCCAAAUUUGAAACCCACCGUGAUAUCAUUGUUGCAUUUUUCACUCUUCAUAAUUUUAUAAGAAUGAUGGAUUCUGAUGACAUAAGUAUUUUGCAAAAGUUUGAAGAUAUUGUUUCGUUACAAGCCAAUGAAGAUGACGAUACUACUGUAAGAAAUGGAUCAACAAAUUCUGAAAUUAAUGAAUGGGAAGAACCAAUACAAGAAGAUGUUCAGGCAAUGGAAGAAAUAAGAGACAAUAUAAGAGAUCAAUUAUCGGAUCAAAUAAAUUAG